UUAAUAAGCUAAAAAAUGAUAGGAAAUAUUAUUUUAAUCAGUUGUUCUAACUGUAUUUUUAAAAUAAUUUCCCAUUUACAAAAGCUCUCACUGGACAAGUUGUUACAGGCUUUUUCUUCUAUUUUGUAAAACUAUAUUAUAUACUUUUAAUCAUGUUUCUAGAUUUUUGUUUUGCAAACCUCUGUUACCCUCCCUGCUGUGCUGUGUAUUUCUUAGAAACCUUUUCUUUCGCAAUUAAAAAAACUGAGAAGCUUGCUAAGGUUAUUUAGUCUAAACUAUGUGCCCUAUUUAUGUAGGAAUAUAUCACUUCAGCUUUUCAAAUGGUGCAAACAGCAUAACCGUUAUAAAUAGUUAUGAAAUCUGGUUUCAGUACAAACACUAAUUUAUGUGAACCUGGUAGCUCUGCCAGUAUUUGGCUGUACAGAUUAAAAUCCUGAGCUUGAGGACAUUUUACAGUAGUUUAGGAAAACUUGUACAAACAGUUCUGCCAGUCUUAGGGCAAAGCUUGAACUGGUUGGGUGGGAAGGAUAAUCAUGAAAGCCUGUGCAGUGAAGAGACAAGUUUCUUACAUGAUGGAAGAGUUCAUUUUUAAGGGAAGCAAGUGCAAUUUCGUAAGAGUCCAUAGCUGGCUUUUUAGGCCAUGAACCAUCAUGUAGUUCUGAAAUGGGGCAAAAUGUCCAUCAUUUUCCUCCGUGUUUCUUGGUGAUACUGAUGAUAAUGAUUUCUCUGUAUCAUUUGUUGGCAGAAGGCUAUUCAUAUUCAAGUAAAUCAUUAUUUUCCAAACUUGAUGAUGACUUGUGAGAUAUUAUCCAGCAUGCUGUGACAUAUAUAUAACAUAUGUGCAGAUUUAUACAUGCUCUUGAUAAAAACCUAGAGAAUUAAUUUCUUCUCUGCAGACUUUGAGGUUAUUGAUAUUCCUAUUGAAAACAAGGAAGCAAAGAAUGUGAGUUGGCUUUCUCAGCAGGCUGGACUCUGUUUUUGCUGAGUGUAUUCCCCUGCCUCUUUAAUGUGCUGCAGAAACCCCACUUCAAAAUCUGCUCUUUUCUGUCAUUGUCAAUGUUCUCAGUGCUGCUAGGAUUGCUUCUCAAACUACAAUAUGCUCAAAAAGAAAUAAAGCACAAGAACAUUAAGGUCCAGAGUGAUUGCUGAGCCAAGACAACUAAACUGAGAAAUUUGGUUUUGUUAGAAUAUUUCAAUGUACUAAGGGUCUUGGAGUUCAGAAGCAUAGUACUGCUCAGUCUGAGAAUGAAUUAAGAAGCCAAAAAUAUUUCAGUUGAAGAGCUACUCAGUUCCUUGCAAAAGUUUUAGUUGGUUCUAGAACACUAUUAUAACACUGAAAAUUUUUAAGUGCUUACUGGCAGAUGUAGUACUUUUGAGAUUGUAACCAUAGAAAUAUUUGUUAGAACUUAAAUUUGGUUGCCUAAGUCUUUUGUCUAAAGUGCCUAACACCUUCUUUAUUUGGACUGCUUAAGGAGCCUGGACAUUUUGGAGUAUUUUGUGAAUUUUUCAGUUCUGUUCUGUUACUGUUCCAUGUGGCCCUCAGAAAACCUUGCCUCUUAUCAAAACGCAGCACCUGUUGACUUUGAAUUACUUGGGAGCAGCAACUUUCACUAACCAGUUGGGUGGCAUUUUUUCAAAGAAGGGGCUGUUCUUUGCUUUUGCAAGAAAAUGGUUACAAGCUUAUUUCUUGCAAGAUUCAGGGUUAUUUGAGAGAGUAGUUGUCCCAAGGUCUGGAUGCCUGGAUUCCAGAAAUGGAUAUUACUGUUCGAUCUGUGGAUGAGAUGAAUCAUGAGUUUCAAGCUCUUGCCCUAGAAUCUCGGGGAAUGGGAGAGCUUUUACCUGCCAAAAAGUUUUGGGAACCUGAUGAUUCAGCAAAAGAUGGACAAAAAGGGAUAUUCCUUGGUGACGAGUGGAGAGAGACUGCAUGGGGAACUCCUCACCAUUCUAUGUCCCAGCCUAUUAUGGUACAGAGAAAGCCUGGACAGGGUUUUCAUGGAAACAGUGAAGUAAAUGCUGUAUUGUCUCCACGAUCAGAAAGUGGUGGCCUUGGAGUGAGCAUGGUAGAAUAUGUGUUAAGUUCCUCUCCAGCUGAUAAAUUGGAUUCCCGGUUUAGGAAAGGAGCUUUUGGCACUAGAGAUGCUGAAACAGAUGGACCUGAGAAAGGAGAUCAGAAAGGCAAGGCUUCUCCGUUUGAGGAGGACAAAAACAGAGAUCUUAAACAAGGAGAUGAUGAGGAUGUUACUAAAAUAAAUGGCAGAGGUUUGCCAAAUGGAAUGGAUGCCGAUUGCAAAGAUUUUAAUCGUACCCCUGGAAGUCGACAAGCCUCCCCAACAGAAGUAGCUGAACGCCUGGGCCCCAAUCCCAGCACCACAGAAGGAUUAGGUCCACUUCCCAAUCCUACAGCCCACAAGCCUCUGGUAGAAGAAUUUUCAAAUCCAGAAAAUCAGAAUCUAGAUGCCAUGGAACAAGUUGGUCUUGAUUCUCUACAGUUUGACUAUCCUGGCAAUCAGGUACAAAUGGACUCUUCAGGAGCUACUGUAGGACUUUUUGACUACAAUUCUCAGCAGCAGCUUUUCCAGAGGACUAAUGCUCUGACUGUUCAGCAGUUGACAGCAGCCCAACAGCAGCAAUAUGCACUGGCUGCAGCUCAGCAGCCACACAUAGCAGGCGUCUUCUCCGCAGGCUUGGCCCCGGCUGCUUUUGUGCCAAACCCGUAUAUUAUCAGCGCUGCUCCUCCAGGGACUGACCCAUACACCGCAGCUGGAUUAGCUGCAGCAGCUACCCUAGCAGGUCCUGCUGUGGUUCCGCCUCAGUAUUAUGGUGUUCCAUGGGGGGUGUAUCCAGCCAAUUUAUUCCAGCAGCAAGCUGCAGCAGCAAAUACCACAGCAAAUCAGCAAGCAGCUUCCCAGGCACAGCAGGGACAGCAACCGGUCCUGCGAGCUGGAGCAACUCAGCGCCCGCUCACUCCCAACCAGGGGCAGCAAGGGCAGCAGGCAGAGUCACUUGCAGCAGCUGCAGCAGCAAAUCCAGCUUUGGCUUUUGGUCAGGGUCUUGCUACAGGCAUGCCAGGCUACCAAGUGCUGGCUCCCACUGCCUAUUACGAUCAGACUGGUGCCUUAGUAGUAGGCCCUGGAGCGAGAACUGGGCUUGGCGCACCAGUCAGAUUGGUGGCCUCAACUCCUGUUCUAAUCAGUUCUGCAGCAGCACAAGCAGCUGCAGCUGCUUCAGCUGGAGGAACAGCAAACAAUCUCGCGGGAGCCACGAACGGUCUAUUUCGGCCACUUGGUGCCCAGCCACAGCAACAGCAACAGCAAACAAAUAGUAGCCUACAAUCCAAUUCAUUUUAUGGCAGUAACUCUUUGACCAAUAACUCCCAGAGCAGUUCCCUUUUUUCACAUGGUCCUGGCCAACCAGGAAGCACAUCUCUUGGCUUUGGAAGUAGCAGCUCUUUAGGAGCAGCUAUCGGCUCUGCACUUGGUGGAUUUGGCUCAUCAGUUGGCAGUUCUGCAAGUAGUAGUGCCACAAGGAGAGAUUCUCUAUCUACUAGCUCUGACUUGUACAAAAGAUCUAGUAGCAGCCUAGCACCCAUAGGGCAGCCAUUUUACAAUAGUCUGGGAUUUUCCUCCUCUCCAAGUCCAAUAGGCAUGCCUCUGCCAAGCCAAACGCCAGGACAUUCACUUACGCCACCGCCAUCACUUUCAUCACAUGGAUCCUCAUCCAGUUUGCAUUUAGGAGGACUGACAAAUGGUAGUGGUCGCUAUAUUUCUGCAGCCCCCGGAGCCGAAGCCAAGUAUCGCAGUGCGGCAAGCGCCUCCAGUCUCUUUAGCUCCACCAGCCAGCUCUUCCCUCCUUCGCGCCUCCGCUACAGUAGGUCUGACAUUAUGCCUUCUGGACGCAGCCGAUUGCUGGAAGAUUUCAGAAACAAUCGUUUCCCUAAUCUUCAACUAAGGGACCUUGUUGGACAUAUUGUUGAAUUUUCCCAAGACCAGCAUGGUUCUAGAUUUAUACAGCAAAAGCUGGAGCGAGCUACUCCAGCUGAGCGCCAGAUGGUAUUUAAUGAGAUCCUGCAAGCAGCCUAUCAACUGAUGACUGAUGUGUUUGGAAACUAUGUAAUACAGAAGUUCUUUGAGUUUGGAAGCCUGGAUCAAAAGUUAGCUCUAGCAACACGCAUCCGUGGUCAUGUUCUGCCACUGGCCCUCCAGAUGUAUGGCUGUCGUGUUAUCCAGAAAGCACUCGAGUCAAUCUCACCUGACCAGCAGGUAAUUAAUGAAAUGGUGAAAGAACUGGAUGGCCAUGUUCUGAAAUGUGUGAAGGAUCAAAAUGGAAACCACGUUGUACAAAAAUGCAUUGAGUGUGUUCAACCCCAGUCGCUCCAGUUCAUCAUUGAUGCAUUCAAAGGACAGGUCUUUGUACUUUCAACUCAUCCGUAUGGUUGUAGAGUAAUUCAGCGUAUUCUGGAGCACUGCACUGCUGAGCAGACUUUGCCAAUCUUAGAAGAACUACAUCAACACACAGAACAGCUAGUGCAGGAUCAGUAUGGAAAUUAUGUUAUUCAACAUGUACUGGAGCAUGGUCGUCCUGAAGACAAAAGCAAAAUCGUGUCAGAAAUAAGAGGAAAAGUUCUAGCUCUGAGUCAGCACAAGUUUGCCAGCAACGUGGUAGAAAAAUGUGUGACUCACGCGUCCCGUGCGGAGCGAGCCCUGCUGAUCGACGAGGUGUGCUGCCAGAACGACGGCCCUCACAGUGCCUUAUACACCAUGAUGAAGGAUCAGUACGCCAACUACGUGGUGCAGAAGAUGAUCGACGUGGCAGAGCCCGCCCAGAGGAAGAUCAUAAUGCACAAGAUUCGACCCCACAUCACGACUCUGCGUAAAUACACCUAUGGUAAACACAUUCUGGCCAAGCUGGAAAAGUAUUACCUGAAGAACAGUGCUGAUCUGGGGCCAAUUGGUGGACCACCAAAUGGGAUGCUGUGAAAGACAAAGAGAAAUGGAAGAAAAAUUAAAUUGUGAAUUAUCAAAACCUACAACUUAACUCUAAAUGUUCUGAUUUUUUUAAAUCUAUUUAUUGACUUUGUUCAUCCAUUUGUAAAAUUUUUAUUCUUGUGUAUAUUUUUGGGGAGUGAAUUGUUAAAAAAAAAAAAACAAAAACUAUCUCCAGCCCUGAUCGAGAGACCUAUCAGAUUGGAUGGCUGGCAAAGCACAGAAUGCCUGUAUAUGAUGUAAUUGUAUCAAAAUAGCUGUCACAUAUUUUGUAAAUUUUUACCUUGUAAAGUCACUGAAAUAGUUUUUAAAGGGAAAAAGUACAGUAUUCUUUUAAUACACUGGCUUGCAAUCUGGUAGGUCUACCCAGCAUCAUAGCACAACAGGUUUAUAGAGUUGUAUAUAGAAUUAAUCCUUAUUUUUCCCUUUUGUGUGAAGUCUUUUAUACCAGAUUAAAAUUGAUCAGCUGCAUAAACAUUAUUUAACAUGUUGAAAAGUUAAGUUGUAUUUUGGUGGUUCACAACAUCCUAUCCAAAUAACAAACAGGGCACAGCAAAUUAGAGAAGAGCAAAAUGAUGGAAAUUUUAAAAGACCAGGUUUUGGCACGUGCUGUGGAUACAGGUUUUUUUAAAUCAUGCGCUAGGGUUUUCUCUAGCGAUGUAUUAAAAAUAAAGUGCUGUAUAUACUUAUAUAUUUAAUUGUUGAACAAGGUAGAGGGGUUAAAAUGAUGGUGGUACUUCCAUUCAGCAAACUACUCUGUUGGAAAAGGAGUGAACCCUGUAUUAACUUUACAGUCAGUUUUACAACGCAGGAAGAGUAGAGAUAUGUAUUUUUUUAUUUUGCAUAUAGAAUUGUAAGGAUUUGAAAGUGUUGAGCAUUUAUUUUGCUUUCUCACUGUAGAUGCGAAAAAUAGGUAAUGAUAAAGAGAAGGGGCCACUGAAAAGUAAACUUGAUAGCUCAACAUUUAAGCAUGAUUGAUUAAAUAUUCAGAUAGCUUUUUGCUUCCUAUAAAUAUAUGCAUUGUAUACGUGUAGUUAAUAGGUGUAAGUUUACAGUUUGAAAACGAAUCUCUCAUUUCGAUGUUUAUUACAAAGCCUUGCUAAUUUAGUAGUGAUGCUUACCUUGGUUGUACAGAUGUACAUUUGUAAACCUUCAUGCUGUAAAUGUAAUUUGUUUUACUCCUUUUUGGGACAAAAAUUUGCAUUUUAGUGUAUAUUCAUAUCCCCGUUCCCUUCUUUCCCCCUGGCAUAUAGUGUUGUAUAAUGUAAAUUUAUUUCAGCAAAUCUAAAGUGAUUUUUUUAAAAUUCUAUCUUUAUAUGGUUUCAAAAAUAUGAACCGGCUUUCUUUUUAUCUAUUGUGAGAAACAUUAUGUUUUGUUUAUAACAUAACUGUUGAAUCUGUUCAUAUGGACACUUUGGGAAAUCAAUCUGUUCAAAUUUUAAAUCAGGAUAAAUAAGCAUAGUAAGAAGUGGACUGAAAUAUUUGGUUAUCACAGAAACCAAUGCUUCUUCCAUCUUAAUAAAUGUGGCAUGAUUUUUUGUACAGAAGAGUACUGUAUUUUUGAAUAGCCUUCUCGCAGCGUAAAGCAAAUAUGUAUGAUACUGUCGAUUUUUUUCUCUGGACAUAUGACAUUGUAACAGUAACAUAAAGAUGAUGUACAUAUACAAGCGGCCUUAUGUACAUUUCCCAAUGAUCUUUUUAAGGCAGAAUUGUGACCAUAUGUGUAUAAUUAAAAUCCUUUUUAAUCCUUUGCCUAUGGAAAUAUUUUGGAAAAAGCUUACUUUGUAUAUUCAGUUUCUGAAAGAUAAAGAAAGUGCUUUGUAUGUUGUUGAAGUAAGUAUUUUGUGUAAAAUGUUCAUUUGGAUGGCUUAACCUAAAGUUUUGAUCAACAUGGUAGUUUGGAAACAACGUCUUGAGCAUUGAUCAAAUAAAAGGCUGUUUUGGUAGGGGUGUGAUCAUGAGAAAGAAAAUAGCAGUGGUAUAAACUUGUUUGAGGAAUUCUGUCAUGUUACUGUUGAUACCAGGGUUACAUAACUGUUACUAAAGCAGACAUCUGAGGCGCUGCGUUUCUAAUGGUAGUGAUAACUCCUUAAUAGGCAAAUGGGAAAGUUUCUUCUGGCCUACUUCCAGUGCCUGCAUGAAGGGAAGUAGUAGGCCUCAUUGUUUUGAGUAAGCACAAUUCUAAUUGCCAAGUAGUUUUUGCAUGGCAGUUCACAAAAAUCCUCCCCAGAGGUACCAGCCCUGUCACUGGAGCCAGAGCUUUCCCGUAGUCACCCAAAGGAUGACUUCUGAGCCACUUCCUUGGACACAUCAAUUCUCCUUAGUGACUAUCUUUACCCUGUGUAGCUGUGCCGUGUGUUAUAAUCCACAGAGCCGACAUUCCUUCAACACGUAAGACAGUACGUCAGGCUUUUGGGGAUGUCCAGGCAGAAACUGAUAAUGUCCCUGUACUUUGUCCCUGCAGCACUCAUGCCAUGGUUGAAUUUAAACAGUCCUGUAACUGUCAUCCUUGGUGCUUUCAAUAUCUUGAGUGUAAUAUUCCACUUGCUCUCCUGAGAUCAUUUGUGCACAAAUUCUAUCCAGGAACAUGAAAAUCACUGGAUUUCCUUUCAACUAUUUUAGGGUUUGGGUAGAACCACUAGACUUUUGCUCAAGUAUUGCUUUUUGAUAUAGAUUGUUUACGGACCAGUUUGAUUAGGCUUGACUCCAGGUGGCUCGUAUUGAAUAAUGUAAUGUUCACAUGUAUAUACUGUAAAAAUCAAAUGAAAAUGUGUGAAUAACACUGUGUGAAAUAUA